GAACAUGGAUGAAAAGACACAUCAGAGGAAGUUGUUUAACUGUUUAAGGAGCACAGUCUAGUUUAACGGGGUGUGUGUGAAGGAAUGCACCAAAGUGAUUGAUGCCACACACCGUUAAAAACGAACACGAAGAAGAAUACUUUGCUUGUUUUUUCCCUCCUAUUUCUCCCCGUUGUUUGUAAAUGCAUACUACGUAUGUGCAUACAUUUAUGAAUGUAUAAACAGUACAUACAAAUACGUAUAAAUGGCCAAGUACUCAACCUACGGAUACACACUCCGGUCCAGUAGAUGGCGGUAUGCACCUCAAAUGUUGGUUGCGACCCGCCAUAAAGAAGACGAAAAUUGCGCAUGCGUACUACUGGGUAAAACGGCACUGGCGCGCGUGCUUGCUAGCUGCUAACAAAGAGAUCAACACAUCGCUAAGCAGCGCUCAAGUGAGUGUUUGAAAAUGUUUGAAGUACAAAUGUUGAGAGAUUUGGUGAAUCAGCGACUAACUACGGCAGUUGAAGAAAUAUUUGUAGUGUUGGAAAGAACGAUAGCAGAGUACGAGGAGGAACUUUCUCGAACCAAAGAGGAGAACGAGCGACAGCGUCAGAUACUGGACGCUGUUUUCAAGAAGCCUCGAGUUGUGUUAUACAGAGAAGAUGUCGGUGCAGAACAUCUUCUACCUGAUGAGGAGGAGCCACAGCCCCCCCACGUUAAAGAGGAAGAGAAUGAUCACAGCAUCAGUCAGGAGAAAGAGCACCUUGAAGGACUGGAGGAGUUUCCAGGGAUUGGUGUCCCUGUGAAGACUGAAGAUGAUGAAGACAAAGGUGAACUUGAGGAGAAGAGGGGGGAGGAGCCUUCAAGCAGCCGCUCAACUCAACACAUGACAACAGAAGCUGAUGGAGACCACUGUGGAGGAUCACAAGCAGACAACCGAUUAGCUCCACUAUCAGAUGAUGACAACACAACGUCACACUCUGCUGACACUAAUGAUGAAGGUGCUCAAGCUGAUAUGACAUGUCACACUGACAACACACCCUUUAAAUGCUGCCACUGUGACAAAGUGUUUAAAUACCGUAGUUAUAUGAAAAGACACAUGAGAUUACACACAGGAGAGAAACCAUUCAUAUGCUUAUUGUGUAAUACAGGAUUUACUUCAAAGCUUCAAUUGGUAAGACACAUGAGAACGCACACUGGUGAGAAACCUUUUAACUGUUCAGUGUGUGGUAAGGGUUUUGGACAUCAUGGAUAUUUGAAAACACACAUGAGAAUACACACUGGUGAGAAACCUUUUACCUGUUCGGUGUGUGGUAAGGGUUUUAGACAAAGGUGUAGUGUGAAAAGACACAUGACGAUACACACUGGUGAGAAACCUUUUACCUGUACAGUGUGUUUUAAGGGUUUUGGACGUAAUGGACAUUUGAAAACACACAUGAGUAAACACACUGGGGAGAAACCCUUUUCCUGUUCAGUGUGUGGUAAGGGUUUUGUAUAUAAUCAACAUUUGAAAACACACAUGAGAAAACACACUGGUGAGAAACCUUUUACCUGUUCAGUGUGUGGUAAGGCUUUUGUACAAAAUGAACAUUUGAAAACCCACAUGGCAAUACACACUGGUGAGAAUCCUUUUACUUGUUCAGUGUGUGGUAAGGGUUUUGGAUAUAAUCAACAUUUGAAAACACACAUGAGAAAACACACUGGUGAGAAACCUUUUACCUGUUCAGUGUGUGGUAAGGGUUUUGGACUUAAUGGAUAUUUGAGAAAGCACAUGAGAACACACACUGGUGAGAAACCUUUUACCUGUUCAGUGUGUGGUAAGGGUUUUGGAUAUAAUCAACAUUUGAAAACACACAUGAGAACACACACUGGUGAGAAACCUUUUACCUGUUCAGUGUGUGGGAAGGCUUUUGGAUAUAAUCAACAUUUGAAAUCACACAUGAGAAUACACACUGGUGAGAAACCUUUUACCUGUUCAGUGUGUGGUAAGGCUUUUGGACGUAGUCAACCAUUGAGAAACCACAUGAGAAUACACACUGGUAAAGUGUUGAGUUGCAGUGUGUGUGCUGAAGGAUUCUCUUAUCAGUUCCAGCUUAACAAUCACAAGUGUGUUGGUGAGACCAGCAGCAGUAAAUGAAGAAGCAGGAUGUGAAAAAAGCUGUCAAGACUUGGGUAAUUUUGACUUUCUAGAAAGAAGAAACCUUUUACAUGUUCAGUGUCUGAUUUUGGUUUUGCACAAAAUCGAUAUUUGAAAAUACACAAUGGAGAAAACCGUUUUACCUUUAUCUGUUCAGUGUGUGGUUAAAGUUUUGCAAGACAUGUGCCCAACAAUACGGUAUGUCUUAUAUGUGUGUUAAAUAAAGAAAUAGCAGCCAUAACUGAGACUGUGUCCAAUAAUACGAUGUGUCUUAUAUGCGUGUUAAAUACAGAAAUAGCAGCCAUAACUGAGACUGUGUCCAAUAAUACGAUGUGUCUUAUAUGUGUGUAAAAUACAGAAAUAGCAGCCAUAACUGAGACUGUGCCCAAUAAUACGAUGUCUCUUAUAUGUGUUAAAUACAGAAAUAGCAGUCAUAACUGAGACUGUGCCCAAUAAUACAGUGUGUCUUAUAUGUGUUAAAUACAGAAAUAGCAGUCAUAACUGAGACUGUGCCCAAAAAUAUAGUGUGUCUUAUAUGCGUGUUAAAUACAGAAAUAGCAGCCAUAACUGAGACUGUGCCCAAUAAUACGGUGUGUCUUAUAUGUGUGUUAAAUAAAGAAAAUAGCAG